CAGUGCACAACUCAUUUGUUUAAAUUUGCAGCUGACGGCUGCCACCUCUCUAUAGGCACCAGGCAGAGAGCCUCUCAACAUCAGUCAGUGACCAGUCUGGUGACGUACGGCUACAAGCAUGAACUACCCCCUAACCUUGGACAUGGACCUUAUGAACUACAAUCUGGAGGACAUGUACAAGGAACUAGGCAACUACAGCGACAGCACCGAGAGCCCCGUGGUGGAAAAUCACCUCUGCUCCAUGGUGGAGGGGCCCCUCCUGGCCUCCUUCAAGGCUGUGUUCAUGCCAGUGGCCUACGGCUUCAUCUUCCUCCUGGGUAUGAUGGGCAACAUCCUGGUGCUGGUGAUCCUGGAGCGGCAUCGGCAGACACGCAGCUCCACGGAGACCUUCCUGUUCCACCUGGCGGUGGCCGACCUCCUGCUGGUCUUCAUCCUGCCUUUUGCUGUGGUCGAGGGCUCCUUGGGCUGGCUCCUGGGCACUUUCCUCUGCAAAACUGUGAUCGCUCUGCACAAGGUCAACUUCUACUGCAGCAGCCUACUCCUGGCCUGCAUCGCCGUGGACCGCUACCUGGCCAUCGUCCACGCCGUCCACGCCUACCGCCACCGCCGCCUCCUCUCCAUCCACAUCACCUGUGCCACCAUCUGGCUGGUGAGCUGCCUCUUCGCCUUGCCGGAGAUCCUCUUCGCCAAAGUCAGCCAACCCCAUCACAACGACUCUCUGCCGCGCUGCACCUUCUCCCAGGAGAACCGGGCUGAAACCAACGCCUGGUUCACCUCCCGCUUCCUCUACCAUCUGGGAGGAUUCCUGCUGCCGAUGCUGGUGAUGGGUUGGUGCUACGUAGGGGUGGUGCACAGGCUGUGCCAGGCCCAGCGGCGCCCUCAGAGGCAGAAGGCAGUCAGGGUGGCCAUCCUGGUGACGAGCGUCUUCUUUCUGUGUUGGUCACCCUACCACGUUGUCAUCUUCCUGGACACUCUGGUGAGGCUGAAGACCGUGGGCUAUGGCUGUGAGCUGAAUGGCUACCUCUCUGUGGCCAUCACCAUGAGUGAGUUCCUGGGCCUGGCCCACUGCUGUCUCAAUCCCAUGCUCUACACCUUCGCAGGCGUGAAGUUCCGUAGUGACCUGUCUCGCCUUCUGACCAAGCUGGGCUGUGCUGGCCCUGCGUCCCUUUGCCAGUUACUCCCUAGUUGGCGCAAGAGCAGUCUCUCCGAGUCAGAGAAUGCCACCUCCCUCACCACCUUCUAGGUUGCAGCUCCCUUUGUUUCUGCUUCCCUUGGGGGAUGCGGAGUUGCUGGAACCCCUUGCAACAGGAGCUGGGAUCCUAAGAGUUCACCUUUGCCGGUGUCCUCAUCUGGGGCAGCUGGAGCCAAGCCUUCUUUCCAGGACAUCCCUGCUGGCUCUUCUUCCAGCCCCAGGGCUAAGCUGUACUCCACGGAAGGGAAGCAGCCGAAAGGCAAAGCAAAGGAUGCCUAUGCCCAUCUGUAUCCUCUUCCUUUGUCCUAACUUUCCGAAGCUCAAGAGACAACUUUCACUUCUGCUCUUGCCAAUUGGGAAAGUCAGUUCCCUCCCAGAACGCGCUCCAUCAUCUUAAGGACCAUGGAUCUCCACAACUACCCACCUCUCCUCUCACCCCACCUGCCGAAAGAAGCUAGAGGCUGAGCUCCAGGGGUUAAGAUGGAGGUCGAGGCUGAGCAGAGGCCAGAUGGCAAAAGAAUGCGGCCUUAACGUCCAGUCCCUAACAAACACAGACAUCCUGCCAGGCUACCGGCCCUGCAGCAUCUUGACUAAGCAGGAAGCUUCGACUGACCCAAUCCAGGAAGCUGCUCCUGGCUCCAACCAAAGUGGCACCGGGCCAGCCUCAGGUCACUGAGCCCUGGGAGGUCUGCAGACAGAGGGCAGACUCCAGGUCCCUUCAGAGACCAGCCAGCAUCCUAGGGAAGGACUAAGGUCAAGCCAGCGGAGAGAAGCCACCGAAAGAAAAGAUUCUCCUUCCUCGGCCCCAAGGAGGGGCAGGUAGAGAUCAAACCCAGCUGUGUUCUCUGCCGAGGGUGGAGCGGUCCCAGUAUGGGCCAGGGGCAGUCGGGUUCUGGUAGAUCUGGGCACUGAUGUGGAAGGAGGCAGACUGUUCCUUCUCACCCCCCCGCCCCUGCAAGCCACACAACUGGGAGAAACUUGGGCAGCAGAGGGACCCUGAUCACACAAAGGGAGCACUUUGCCGAGAGUCAGAGCAGAGCUGGAGACCCCAGAGAAUGGCAGACUGGAAAGGGCCUCUGGGAGUUAUCUCAUUCAGUGCCCCCGCCUGCCGUCCGGGCCUCCGUAGGAGCCACGAGGCAUCCCCGCAGGCCAGGCAGGGUGAGAAGCAGGGAAGUCCCCGAGCCCCAGGAAGCCGAGCCCUGCCCCUGAGAGGAUACUGCUCAGAUGGAACCAGAGGAAGCCGCUCCGUGCCUGCCUGCCUGCCUGUCCCAGAGGGCUCGCCCCCUCCUCCACAGCCCCUGCUCCGGCGAGGGUGGGAUGUCCGGGACCCCCGCCCUUGCUGAGGGCACAUCUGGGGUGCCCCGUCCCACUCAGGGUGGCCAGCCAAGCCCCCCGGGAGACCCCCAUGGUGGAAAUCAGAGCUGUGACCCGGGGGGGGACUGUCUUCACCGUGGAACACCCGGAGAGCCCUGCCGCCCCCACCCCCGCCUUGUCCUCCCAGCGCCCAAUGGUGAGCUGGGCAGUGGAGAAGCCAGACACCGAAGCAAAAAGGCAAGACAUUGGAUUUUAAAUUUUCUCUUUUUAAUAAAAAGGCACCUAUAAAACAGGUCAAUACAGUACAGGCAGCACAGAGACCCCCGAAACAAGCCUAAAAAUCGUUUCAAAAUAAAAACCAAGAAGAUGUCUUCACA